CUUUUUGCCCUCCGGUUACCGGGUCCCUCAGGUGGCCACCCCAGUGGGCACACGCCCAGGCGCCGCUUCUGCCCCGCGCUCCCUCCCUCUGCCUUUCACUUCCCAGCUGCCAAGAUCUUGGAAGCUUUGAAGCUCAGCAAAGGAGGAAAAUCCAUUGAGAACAGUCUGUAAAGUCACUUGCAGUGUCGACCAAUAUCCAGAUAUUACCUACACUCUGCCUAUCUGCUUGAACCAGAGAUUCCUGCACUGGGUUUCAACCGUGAGGAAAUGUCAUUCAGAUUUGGCCAACACCUCAUCAAGCCCUCUGUGGUUUUUCUCAAAACAGAACUGUCCUUUGCUCUUGUGAACAGGAAACCUGUGGUACCAGGACAUGUCCUCGUGUGUCCCCUUCGGCCAGUGGAGCGCUUCCGAGACCUGCGUCCAGAUGAACUGGCAGAUUUGUUCCAGGCAACCCAGAGAGUCGGGAUGGUGGUGGAGAAGCAUUUCCAGGGGACUUCUCUCACAUUUUCCAUCCAGGAUGGCCCUGAAGCCGGGCAGACUGUGAAGCAUGUUCACGUCCACGUUCUUCCAAGGAAGGCUGGAGACUUUCACAGGAAUGACAGCGUCUAUGAUGAGCUCCAGAAACAUGACAAAGAGGAAGAGGACUCCCCAACCUUGUGGAGAUCUGAGGAGGAAAUGGCAUCAGAAGCUGCAGCACUAAGGGUCUACUUUCAGUGACUUUGCAGGCGCAAAAGUAACUUGAACAAAUCCCAAGGCAUACGGAAAUGGGCCUCGUUCUCUAGGACUCUGCGGCAUUGGAAAUGAAGCUAAGCAGACUUUAUUACAUCCUACAAUUCUGCAACCUUUUGCGAAGCAUUUUAUUCCACUUGUGGAAGCCAUCGGGGUUAUGUUUCAAUCACCAUGACUGACAGGCUAACUUCAAAACAACAGCAUCGGCAGCCCUUCCAUACUUCCUGGGCUAUGCACUUAGAAUAGAACCUUUUCUAAAUUGUCCCUUGGCCUGGACGGAAAUAAAAUGGUGGUUAAAAUAUUUAUCUUGUGCGUUGGGUAACUUAAAAAUUGAUAUUUUGGGGCCUCUGAAAGGCAUAACUGAGGAAGUCGAUCUUUUAGAACUACCAUGCCUCCUGUAACCAAAGGUUUGUUAAAGCUGAGAUAAGAUUUAGAGAGUUUCCAUUUUGGUAACGAACAAAACAGAACAAGAAACACAUAACCUUUCCUCGGUUGUAUUCUCUUCCUGCCUUGGGUGUAGAGAGGCAGAGCUGAAAGAGCUUAGGAUGGCAAAAUGGGCUUCAGGAAACUAAUAAACAUGUAAUGAGGUGAUCAGACACGUUGGACUGGCUAUUUGAGUGCUAGGAAUGUAACGAAAGGGAAUGGAAAAGCUCUUGAUGUUGGUUGAGGAAGAACGCCUCUUGCCCAUAAUAGUCAAUUUUUUUAAGCAAAGAUGACAGAAGGGCGUUCUUUCCUUCCAAUGGUAGAUUAAUAAAAGGGGAGAUUUGGGUUUAUAAAGAAAAAUAAAACACAGCAAUGGCACUGCUAUAAAGAACCACAGAAAGCCUCCUUGAGAAUCUCUUGGCUUAUGGGCUACUCCCUGACCCCAACACCAUCAUCGAUAUAUGGCAUAUUAGUUUUCUAUGAGUCCUGCAACAAAUUACCACAAACUGGGUGGCCUAAAACAAUAGAAAUGUGUCCCCUUACAGUUGUAGAGGUCCAAAAUCCCAAAUACAGCGAGGCCUUCUCCCUCCAGACUCUCUGGGGGGAAUCUCUCCUAGCUGCUGGUGACUGCUGGCAAAACUUCGGAGUUCCUUGACAUCAUCCCAACCUCUGCCUCUGUCUUCACCUUCCUCCUCUUCUCUGUCUCCUUUGUGUAUCUCUUGUAAAGACUCUUGUCACUGGAUUAAGGGCCCACUCAAAUAAUCCAGAAUUAUAUUCUCAUGGUCUUAAUACCCUUAACUUAAUUAUAUCUGCAAAGGCACUUCUUUCAAAAUAGGAAAGCAUUUAUAGAUUCCAGGGAUUUGACAAGGACCUAUCUUGUGAGGGGAGGGCACCAUCCAACCCAUUCCUUAGGACAUUUGGUCUUUGUUUCUUAUCUAGUAUAAGCCAACAGACUGAGUAUGACAACACAUCUUCUUUCAAACCUUCUUACAUGUCUUUGCCAAAGCCCUAUUUAUUGACAAUCAUUUGGCACUGUCUUUGUGAGAUAAAGCCACUCAUUCACAAGUGUAGUCUGAGAUGCUUCUUUCUUAGCUGAAAGGAAAAAAGCACUGCAAUCUGAAUAGGAUGUGUUCAGAAGAUAAAAUACCAGUGAGGGAAGAUGGCAAGUACUGGUGAUUUCCCUGAGCUCAAGGGUUGAUGAUUUAUGGUCCAAAGAAGAGCCCUAAAAAUGCCAAUUUUUCUUAUCCCCAGAAGGUCAGACACCAACUCCAUCUCAAUUUUAAUAGCAAAUGUCACCAGAAGGCCUGGCCCCUGCUUUGGGGCUAAUUCCACAUUUUACUCAUCAGCUUUCAAUCAAAGAAGUGAAUAAACACGUAGUCACUGAUAAAAGAGUUGAGUCAUACUAUAAGCCUACUAGCAGUUUUGUUUUCCAAUUUGUCUAUCCAGUUAAAACCCUAGAGGAGCCUCAUCUCUGCCCUCCCUCCCAUGAAUUUCCUCAAUUCAGCAUCUUCCUAUAACUCUGCCAUGGUUUGGAGGCUGUGGAGGCUGAGGGUGUAAAAGGCCAGCCCUAAAGCUCUAUUUCCUUGCCAGUCCCAUGAACCCAUGCCCGAUUGGAAGGCAUGAUAACCCACUAAGAACUGUCUCCAGGGUGCCUGGAUGGCUCAGUCAGUUAAGCAUCUG